UUGCUAUGGGAACGAAAGUUUGUUUGUCUCUCUCCAUCCACCGCUGCGUAGCUGGCUGCUUGUUGAUAGUUUGAUGCAUCUUGUGUGUGUCCAACUUUUGUCGUGCCGACGGACCUGCAGUGACAUAACUAACGAACUACUAAGUUAGCUAUUUGCUGGUAUACAUCUACUGGUAAUUUGUUUGAUUCACUGAUCGCAACUUCGCCGAGUAGGCUAGAUGAGCAGACCAACGAUACAAUGUAUCGGGACGUCCACAAAUGGUCGCUCUGAAUCAAAGGGCUCGCUCGCCACACAGUUAAACACAGUAAAUGCUGGAGGAGAGCCCGCGCCUAAUGAGUCCAUCCACAGUAAAUCACGGGCAGUGGCAAGGACUGUUCUUAAUGCAACUGGAAAAGACCAGAAAGUCACCAAAACAACCAGAUCUCCAAAAGCAAAGUUGCAUGGUACUGGAGAGCAUGCAAUAUCCCCAGCCCUGCCCCAUAAAGAUGAGACAGAGAGUGGGUGUAGAACAGUUAAACAGCCGGGCUCUGAUGCUCAGUUUCAGCCUCCAGCUUCCACUGGGUCAGCAUGUCAGGCCGAUGUAUUGAGACAGGCGAGUGCUGCGCCACGGCCGGCGAUGGUGGUGACAGAACAGCACAAAGAGCAGGUGAAUGCCCCCUCAGCCUCACGCACUACGCGUGGGGAGUGCGAUCAUAGUAGCGGCACUUCCGACAUCCAGGCUCAACUUCAGCGGGACCAAAGGCCCAGUGAGGAGGAGGAGGAGGAGGAAGUGGAGUACAGUGAGGGGCCUGUGCACACUGCUCCUUUAGAGCUUCUGGCUGAGUUCUUGAAAGCGGUGAUGGAGAAGGACUACCCGCUAUCUCAGAAGCUCUGUCAGAUGAUUCUCAUUUAUGAGCCAGAAAACCCAGAGGCAAAAGUGUUCAUGCCACUUAUUGAAGAGAGAUUACUGAUCGCACAAGAGGCAGAGGAGCAGAGGGGACAGGACGAUACAGGUUGCAGCAGUGAGGAAGAAGACGACAACCCUGAUGAUGAUGAUGAUGAUGAUGAUGAUGGUGAUGAGCAUGAUGAUGACAGUGAUGAUAGUGAAGAGCAGACGGACAACUCUGAGAGUUCCUCUUCAUCGUCCCCGUCCUCUGAAGAGGACAGCGAUGAGUUGGAGGAGGAGAAGAGAGUGAGUGAGGAGCAGGAGCGCUGUAAGAGAGCAGCGGUCAUCCCAUAGUGUUGGACAGCCGUGUCUCGGCCCAGUUUUCUCUCUGUUACUCACUUACUCCUGCUGUGUGUGUGUGCAUGCAUUUAUUUAUGUAAUAUAAUAUUAAAAACACACAGACAUAUUCACACACACAUUUAGUGUUGAAAACUGCUUUAUUCUAUUAAAAAUAAAAAAAUAAGAUGUUAAUUUGGCAAGUGGUUGAUGAGCUUUUGUUCUUCUCUUGCUAAAAGAUACAAACUUUUCACACUGCAUCACUUAAAUGACUUUAUGUGUUAUCAUCAACUACUAUUCAAUGAAACACAUCUGAACCAGC